AUGACGAAGAGGAGGAGUUUCUCAAACAUUCAACCACUUCCCGGCCUGUUCAUUGCUCAGCUGAGAAUAGAGCUAUCACAUCAGCUUCCCAAGUUCUCGCCAAAUGGAUUGAGUUACGCACGCGAUAAUAUCCGUAUAGCGCAUGUCCCAACACGGUUCUGGAACGACGAUGAGGAGGAGGAGGACAAAUCAUGGACAGCCAUUGAAGCAGGACAUGGACUCGUUUCAGUCGCACCUGAGUGGGCUGCUGCCCGUGGCCUUCCAGAUUCCUUGAUUCACCCUCGAGAUUCUUCAAAACGAGUAUACGUCAUUGAAGGCUAUCACGGCAUACAUUGCCUUCAAACCCUUCGUCGUCAUUAUAUGAAUCUCCGACGCGGUGAGACACCAGAUCGUCCACUGGAACACGAUCUCCAUUGUUUCGAUUCUUUACGUCAGAGUAUCAUGUGCAUGGCUAAUGACGAGCUCCUGUAUACAACAGGGCACAAUGAUGCGGGGAUUAAUCAGACACGUCAGUGUCGCGAUUGGGAUGCUUUGCGAGAAUGGGCCUCAGGAUUCACAUCUUGCUACCAUGAUUAUGUGGCACCAUCAGGAGAAACAAAAUGGGGAAAAUGUGACAAUGGGGUCGAUGGAUUGCCAUAUGGUUCAUUGUUGUCUUGA